ACAUCUGGUUGUGACCGUGCACAUUCGUGGUUACUAAACAUUCGUUGUCUCGUACUAGCUUCAGAUGAGUUUUGUACUUCUGUCUCUAUAAGCAAUCGAUCGCUUUUGAAAUUUACGCAUGCGCAUUAGAAAAUGACAACCCGACCCUUCUCAAAUCUGAGCCCGAAUAUCGGCAACAAAGAGCAUUUAUAAUACUACUGAAACUCGGUAAUCUGCCACCAAUCACACAUCAAAGGACUAUCGAAUUUUGAUCAUCCUAGAAGUUUCAAUUGUUCAUAUUAUAAAUAUUGCUGUGAUUUGAAGUGUAGAAAUCGGUUUUCAUUCAAUUUAUUCGUAAAAUAAAUUCAGAGUGUGCUAGAAACAAAGACCCAUUUUUUGUGAUGGGCACUAUUCGCGGGUUUUGUUGCGACGAUGAGACGGGGGAGGUCGUAACAUUUGAUGUGAACGAAGAAACCGGAGAGCCGUCAGUUGAAAAUGUUACACCUCCAGUGAGCAAUGAUGAACAGCAGAACGCACCUGAACAACCGAGGAGAUACUUGCGUUUCCCUCGCGGCUACAUCACCAGGACGAGACGGUUCCGAUCGCUUCAGGCGAACAUUAUUGAAGGGGCCAACCCUAUCAGUCACCGAAUGCUCCUAAUUCCCACUUUGAUGGUCUUCCCUGGCCUCUUCUGUGUUAUUCUAAUGUUGUUGGAAGUAUACCUUCAUGUACGAUGCCACAAAAAGAACAAGCAGCCUAAAGAUCCAAAUAUGUACUACCGCAGUCCUUUCCAUGUGGUAACAAGCACUUUUUGUGGUAUGUGCCGCGAAACUGAUGCUGCAUCUAGGAUUGGCCAGAUGCAGGACCAGCGCCGUAACCGCUAUGACUAUUUCAGGGGUAUUGCUAUAUAAUAUUUAAUUACCCACCUAUUGCUCAUCUUUGAUUAUCUCAUCAAAGGAGACUUCACAACGAGCAAUAAGUAUUAACAACAUUGCCAGAGUUGCAUGCAUAAUACAUUUUUAUGUAACCCCAUCUCAAUAAGGUACUUGUCUUUUGUAAUGUAUUAUAAGGUUUUCUGGUAGUUUCAUUUAUUAAGAUUAUACUGUUUGCGGCCAAAUUAUUAGAGUUCUAUCUAAGGUAUUUGGAAUUGUGAUAAUUUUUUCGUAUAUUUUCAUACAAGUUUGCCCAUUUUAUGAAAGUUAUUUUUCCUUGUUUCUUUGUACAAUAUUUUAUUUUGGCCUGAUUGAAAUCUGACAAUAUCAGAGCAUUAAGAUUAAUAUCUUUUGGUGAUUAUGUUAAGCCAUAGUUAUAAUUAUAUUUAACAUAAGGCAAUGGCUCAGUUUUGUAAUGGUUUGCAAUAGGCAUUUAUUACUUUAAUAUUAUACUUUGUGGCUUAGAUGAGUGUAAUUAUAAUAAUGCUUGUUACUAUGUAUUUUUUAAUCACUAUGUUAUACUGAAUGGACAAAAGGAUACAUGUAGUUACUUCUUCCUUUUGGACAGACAAGUAAUAGUAGUUAUUAUGAAAUAAAUAAAUGCACAUCAUUAAAUAUUGUAUUUGUAAUAAUAUAUAUUGUCUUUAUUAGAAAAUUUCUAAUAUUUAUAAAGUAUUGGCAACUAUAAGUCUGACUCAAUAGCAUGGAUUUAUUCAAUUAUGAUUCUAGAUAUAUUUUCUAUUACAAAGCUUUUGAUCUCUAAACUGAAUAUAUUUUGUAAUUUAUUUUCUACUAAUUAGUUUUUAAUAGGUGCUACUGUCUCUGUAAUAUGUAAUAUAUGUCAUAUUGUAGUCUGGCUAUAAAAAUAAAAUAAUGUUUGUAUCAAUGUAAUAUGUUUGCAGUAUUGUUCUUUUUAUUAAUAUUAUGACUAAAGAAUGAAUUGGGUUGAAAUUCAGCAAUACAUUGUAAUGUAUCAUCUAUAGGUACUAAGUAUCCUAAAACUGUUUGGCCGACUGUUUUUAAAAGAGGAGUAUAAUAACUAAGUAUAUUUAACUAGAUAAGCCAUAAUAUGUAAUAACCAAGGUCACUGUAUUUAGUGUAAACCAAGUAGUUGCAAACAUGUUUAACCCAUUGUAAAUGUCUGGGUGUAUUUAUAUUGGUGAAGGAUAUACCAUAACCAAGGUCACUGUAUUUAGUGUGAACCAAGCAGUUGCAAACAUGUUUAACCCAUUGUAAAUGUCUGGGUGUAUUUAUAUUGGUGAAGGAUAUACCAUAACCAAGGUCACUGUAUUUAGUGUGAACCAAGUAGUUGCAAACAUGUUUAAACCAUAGUAAAUGUCUGGGUGUAUUUAUGUAGGUGAAGGAUAAUUACCAUAACCAAGGUCACUGUAUUUAGUGUGAACCAAGUAGUUGCAAACAUGUUUAACCUAUAGUAAAUGUCUGGGUGUAUUUAUGUAGGUGAAGGAUAUACCAUAACCAAGGUCACUGUAUUUAGUGUGAACCCAGUAGUUGCAAACAUGUUUAACCCAUUGUAAAUGUCUGGGUGUAUUUAUGUAGGUGAAGGAUAUACCAUAACCAAGGUCACUGUAUUUAGUGUGAACCAAGUAGUUACAAACAUGUUCAACCCAUUGUAAAUGUCUGGGUGUAUUUAUAUUGGUGAAGGAUAUACCAUAACCAAGGUCACUGUAUUUAGUGUGAACCAAGUAGUUGCAAAUAUGUUUAAACCAUAGUAAAUGUCUGGGUGUAUUUAUGUAGGUGAAGGAUAUACCAUAACCAAGGUCACUGUAUUUAGUGUGAACCAAGUAGUUGCAAACAUGUUUAACCUAUAGUAAAUGUCUGGGUGUAUUUAUGUAGGUGAAGGAUAUACCAUAACCAAGGUCACUGUAUUUAGUGUGAACCAAGUAGUUGCAAACAUGUUUAACCCAUUGUAAAUGUCUGGGUGUAUUUAUGUAGGUGAAGGAUAUACCAUAACCAAGGUCACUGUAUUUAGUGUGAACCAAGUAGUUGCAAACAUGUUUAACCCAUUGUAAAUGUCUGGGUGUAUUUAUGUUGGUGAGGAUAUACCAUAAGUAAGGUCUGUGUUUUGUGUGAAACGAGUACUGUCUAUCUAAAAUCUAUAGUAUAGAAAUAAGAACCUAUUAUUUGAUGGUCUAUGAAUUGGAAUAUGCUCAUGUUAAAUUUAUUCUUAGUCAGUCUUAGGGGAUAUGACUUGAUGAUAUUGUAAUAAUCUCUUUGUAAUAUGUAAUGAAGACUUACUUAGCAUGUACUUAUUAAGUCAGAGUUUUUUAGAACAACAUUUAUUUAUUGAAUAAUCCUUGUGAAUCAAUUUUGGUAAUAUUUUUUAUUUUAAUAUGGCUGUGUUUGUCACAAUCUGGCUUCAAUAUGUUCAGCUAUUUUUGCCUAAUCUAUUCAUGUAAGAGUAAAGUUUUCUUGGCUAGGGUGUAUGUCCUAUGGUCAAAUACACUAUAUGUUAUAACUGGGUGUGUUCCCGAUAUAUCUAUUCUACAUAUAUUUUAAAGUAUCUAGGUGAUUUUUAUGGAAAUAAAGGUUUCAAAUGGUA